AUGCAAGUCAUUGUACCUGAACCUUAUGGUUAUCCACCUUCUAAUGCACACAGCCGUCGUAGCUCAGCAGCAACCACUCGAUCCACCAAAUCAAUAAGAGACAGGAGACGUAGCUCUGGAGCACUCUCUACUCAUUCACAAUCACAAAAGCCAAAGAGAUACAUUGGUGACUAUAUCGUCGGAAAGACACUUGGCAAAGGCGCUUCAGGUCGAGUCAAACUGGGAGUCCACAAAAACACAGGAGAACAAGUGGCCAUAAAGAUUAUCAGUAAAACACAUUUAGCAGGCAACCCAGCCAUCGAAAAGGCCGUAAGACGAGAGAUUGCGAUCAUGAAGCUUAUAAAUCAUCCAAACGUCAUGUCACUCAUUGAUGUGAUUGAUGAUCCAGCUUCUUCAGACCUCUAUCUUAUAUUGGAAUAUGUCGAAGGAGGAGAGUUAUUUGAAUACCUGGUUAGCAAAGGCAAAUUAAGCGAAUCAGAAGCAAGACAUCAUUUUCAACAGAUCAUCCUCGGUUUGGACUAUUGUCAUCACCAUUUGAUCUGCCAUCGUGAUUUGAAGCCAGAAAAUUUAUUAUUAGAUUCAAACCACAACAUCAAGAUUGCUGAUUUUGGUAUGGCAUCACUACAACCCCUUGGUUCUUUAUUAGAAACAAGCUGUGGCUCUCCUCAUUAUGCAAGCCCAGAAAUCGUUGCUGGUAUGCCAUAUCAUGGUUCAUCUUGCGAUAUUUGGUCAUGUGGUGUUAUCCUGUUUGCUCUAUUGACUGGACACUUACCCUUUGACGAUGAAAACAUUCGUCAGUUACUAAGAAAAGUAAAGACUGGCAAGUAUGUGAUGCCAGACAACAUCUCAAAGUCCGCUCAAGACCUUAUCCGUCGCAUUCUUGUUGUCGAUCCCUCAAAGCGUUUAACGAUGAAGCAAAUCAUGGCGCAUCCUUGGUUUAAAGAAACUGAACCGAUGAACAUUCACAACUUACCUGUUCCUUCCAUGGACAUCGGCCAACCCGUCUCACAUCCCUCCGAAAUCGAUGACAGAAUUCUGGAGACCAUCAAGUUUCUCUGGGGAGAUACAGAUGACCAAGUGGUUAUCAAUGCACUUUUGCAAAAGGAGUAA